UGUGUUGAUGUGAUUGUAAGAUGUGUAUAGGCAAUUCGAACUGUUGAAUAAAUGUUUACAAUCAUAUGUGGUUCAAUAUUUUUUCUUUUGAGGCUCUUAACACGCACAAACUCGUUGGAAAACAGUUUUAUUUUCAGAAAUGUCUCAGGAAUCAGAGUGCGAAGAUGAUAUCGAGCCAAAACUUAAAUAUGUAAGAAUUAGCAACGAUUUGCGUAAAAUUUUGAGUAGUGAUGCCGCUAGUUGUGUUGCUGUACAUCCAAAGUUUUUAUGUUUAGGUACUCAUUUUGGAAAAAUAUACUUGUUCGAUCAUCAAGGAAAUAUAGUAACAUUAAAUUCUAAUUCUAAAGAUUUACCUAUUAUGCCAUUGCCCAUCAAUCAAAUAAAUAUUGAUGAAAAAGGAGAAUUUAUAGCUGCUUGCUCAGGAGAACAUGUUAUUGUCAUUGGUUUAUACUCUUCAGACGUCAAUGUCAAUUUGCGUUUAAGUACUUGCAUUCUCUGUGUUUCUUUAGAUCCAAUUUAUCAUAAACCUAAUGCGGGCCACAGAUUUAUUACAGGAGGUAAAAAUCUAGCAUUGCAUGAAAAAACAUUCUUGGGUAGAACACGAACAACAAUUUUAUGCGAAUCAAGUAGUUUGGUACUAUCAGCAGUUUGGAAUAAUCAAUUUAUAGCAUGGUCUUCUGAAGAAGGAGUACGAGUUUAUGACAUAAAUGAACGCUGUUCUUUAGGAUUAAUUAAUUGGGAAUCUCGAAGUGAUGAUAUACAGAAGUACCGUUGCAACCUAAAGUGGUCAGAUUCAAAGACACUUCUGAUUGGCUGGGUUGACACAGUUCGGGUAUGUGUCAUUCGAAAAAGACACACAAUAGAAAUAUCCAAUGGAAAUAUGCCAGAGUAUAUUGUAGAUGCAGUAUCUACAUUCCAGAUGGACUUUUUUAUCUCCGGUCUCGGUCCCUUAGAAUUGCCAGACCAGCUGGUAGUUUUAGGAUAUCCAAAAGAAAAAGAUCCCAGCACAGGGAAAGCACUGCGUCCUGUUUUAUCUGUUUUACAUUAUAAAGAUUCGGAUUACGUAGAAGUAUGUACAGAUACUCUGACGCUACCUAUCAAGAGUAUACUUGCAAUGAUUACCAUCUUGAUUGUUUAAUUGAAGAAAAUCAAUUGUUUAUUAUGUCCCCAAAAGAUGUUAUAAUUGCGAGCCUAUAUGACCAGGAUGACAAAUUGCAAUGGCUAAUAGAUCACAACAAAUAUGACCAAGCGAUGGCAGUUUUGGUAAAAAAUAAUUGUACUUCAAGUCGCUGGAAUGAUAUACAAAUUGGUCGAAAAUAUAUUGACUUUUUAAUAUCAGAAAAUAACUAUGACAAAGCAGCAAAACUUUGUUU